AAAAACCCCAACCCAACCCCAGUUUCUCACAUGAUAUGAUACUGCUUGUUGCUUGACUCUCCACCGUCAUCAGUCUCCUCUGUCCUCCAUUCAUAAUAUCCUCCCGCAUCCCCACGCUCCAUCACUCCUCCUCACGCUUGAGAAAGAGAGAGAGUAACACAGCUCGCAUUUUCUUUUUGUCAAUACAGUGUCGGUGGAGCUUCGAGUUCUCUGCCUUUUUGUUUUUGUUUUCUUGAAUUGAGGGAGGAUCAAAAGUAAGGUAAUUUACUAAAUUAAUACAAGAAGAAAGGGUGAAAUCUUAAGAAUAUGUACGGAAGAGAUCCAUGGGGAGGACCCCUGGAGAUAAAUGCAGCAGAUUCAGCAACAGAUGAUGACAGGAGCAGGAACUUGAAUGACUUAGACAGGGCAGCUCUGUCAAGGCCAUUGGAUGAGACUCAGCAGAGUUGGUUGCUGGGUCCAGCUGAGCAAAAGAAGAAGAAGAAAUAUGUGGAUCUGGGCUGUAUCAUUGUUAGUCGCAAGAUCUUUGUGUGGACUGUUGGGAGUAUCGUUGCUGCUGGUCUCUUGGUUGGUCUUAUUACUCUUAUUGUUAAAACUGUGCCUCGCCAUCAUCACUCUCAUGCUCCAGCUGAUAACUACACUCUUGCUCUACAUAAGGCACUCAUGUUCUUCAAUGCUCAAAGAUCGGGAAAGCUUCCGAAGCAUAACAACGUGUCAUGGAGGGGAAGCUCGUGUUUGGGCGAUGGGAAAGGUAAACAAGGUAGUUUUUACAAAGAUCUGGUGGGUGGAUAUUAUGAUGCUGGGGAUGCAAUAAAGUUCCACUUCCCUGCUUCUUUUUCCAUGACAAUGUUGAGCUGGAGUGUUAUUGAAUAUAGUGCGAAAUAUGAAGCUGCUGGUGAGCUUAACCAUGUCAAAGAACUUAUAAAGUGGGGAGCUGACUACUUUCUGAAGACAUUUAAUAGUUCUGCUGAUACCAUCGACAGGAUAGUUGCACAGGUUGGCUCGGGGGAUACUUCUGGUGGGAGUACCACUCCAAACGAUCAUUAUUGCUGGAUGCGUCCUGAGGACAUUGAUUACGACAGACCUGUAACUGAAUGCAGCUCCUGCUCUGAUCUUGCUGCAGAAAUGGCUGCUGCCUUAGCUUCUGCAUCUAUCGUUUUCAAAGAUAACAAGGCCUACUCUCAGAAGCUUGUUCAUGGUGCCAAAACUCUCUUUAAAUUUGCAAGGGACCAGCGAGGUAGAUACAGUGCAAGUGGUUCAGAAGCCGCCAUUUUCUAUAAUUCAACUAGUUACUGGGAUGAAUUUAUUUGGGGUGGAGCUUGGCUAUAUUAUGCAACUGGAAAUAAUUCCUAUCUUCAACUUGCUACAAUGCCUGGCUUAGCAAAGCAUGCCGGUGCAUUUUGGGGAGGGCCAGACUAUGGUGUGCUUAGCUGGGACAACAAGCUUGCUGGUGCUCAGCUACUUUUGAGCCGCCUAAGAUUGUUCUUGAGCCCUGGUUAUCCAUAUGAAGAAAUACUGAGGACAUUUCACAACCAGACCAGUAUAAUCAUGUGCUCAUAUCUGCCAAUUUUCACGAAGUUUAAUAGAACAAAAGGAGGCUUGAUCGAGUUAAACCAUGGAAGGCCUCAGCCCCUUCAGUAUGUCGUCAACGCUGCCUUCCUAGCAACCCUAUUUAGUGAUUAUCUUGAAGCUGCUGAUACACCUGGAUGGUAUUGUGGACCAAAUUUCUACUCUACUGAUGUGUUGCGUGAUUUCGCCAAGACUCAAAUUGAUUACAUCCUGGGCAAAAAUCCUCGUAAAAUGAGCUAUAUUGUGGGUUUUGGUAAUCAUUACCCAAAACAUCUCCACCAUAGAGGUGCAUCUAUCCCUAAGAACAAGAUCAGGUAUAACUGUAAAGGAGGAUGGAAAUGGAGGGACACCUCGAAGCCAAACCCAAAUACACUUGUUGGAGCCAUGGUUGCUGGCCCUGACCGGCAUGAUGGUUUCCAUGAUGUUCGCACCAACUAUAAUUAUACAGAGCCAACGAUUGCUGGAAAUGCAGGAUUAGUUGCAGCACUUGUGGCCUUGUCUGGUGACAAAACUACUGGGAUUGACAAGAACACAAUAUUCUCUGCAGUUCCCCCAAUGUUUCCAACUCCUCCACCACCACCAGCACCUUGGAAACCAUGAGAUGCCACAGUUGACAGUUUUUAAGAGUUUAUCUGUGUGGCUUUUGGUAAGAUGAUUUUGCUGCAAUAGAGUUUGGACUUGGAACAUCUUGGGAGGUAAAGAUGAUGCUACUUAAGGAAGGAGGAUGAUCAUAGGAAAGACUACAAUGCAUAAGUUUGUGAAGAUGACUGGGGUAUACGUGCUUGGGAACUUUUAAGAAAUUGAUAUUUUGUACCCAAGAUGUCUGUCUGAUUUUGUGAUAUACUUAGUAUAUGUGUAUGAUAUGUAACGUUGUAUUCUUUGGGAAAACAAAUUGUGAACUCAACAGUUCAAAGACUGAUUAACAAUAAAUUCGAUUUAAUGUUGUAACA